GCAGCGGGUGUGUUGCCAUCCAUGUCGCAGCGUUCUAUUGAUUCGUAAUUUGUUCUCGUCCGUUCCUGUUUGCCGUCCUUGAUUGUUUCCAGCUCUGCGUUUGCGUCUCGUGCCUCAGCCAGCGAUCCCGGAACGACGCCCUACAUUAUGGCACUCGGAGACGAGGAACCGAUGGGCGAUGCCCCACCGUUGAUUCCCGUACCAACUUCACCACCCGCUGCCUCUAUAGCGCCGAUGUCCUCGCCCGGAGCGAAGCCUCGCCGCCGGUUUGCCCCGCAGCUCGUCGAGCAGAGCGCGAAGACGUCGUCGGGCAAUAGGACGCAGCAACUCGCCCAGAGCAAUAAGCUCUCGGCAUUGACGCCGCCCAUUUCCACUACCAAUUCGACUAGGAGACCCACGAGAGAUGUGUCAGUCCAGGUGGACGUAGAUAUGACAGAUGCUCCCCCUCCGCCCCUCUCCAAGCCCGCCCGACGCUUCGCACCUGUCCCGAUCGAGACAACCUUCGACUCGUACAGAGUGAGCAACAACAGAAAAUAUCCCAUCGGCCCAGCCGCCGAGCUGACUCCGGAUCCCUCGCCGACAUCCCCCCAAGCACCCCCACUAUUUGAGAAUGAGAAGCAGAAUGAAGAACCGCAGAAGCCGCGAAGGAAGUUCGCGCCGCAGUUAAUCGAGACAACCCGACGAUCCAAGAAGGCCAACCAGCCCGGGCCCGCCACGAGGCCCGUAGAUAAGACGGACAUAACGCCGGGCACUAACCACAUAUAUGCCCCGAAACCGAAGCGGAAACCUGGUCCUCGCACUUCUGCUGCCGGCCCCGCACAGGCCACCAGCGAUAACGACGGGUUCCUGACUCCGCGUCGGCAGCAGUCUAUGAAGCCGCACCCGAACACUCGGCGGAGCACGCGGCAUUCCUACGCCCCCGAGCUCGACACCAUACUCUCGUCCGAAUCGGAAAAAUCGGUUGAUGAUGAGGGAGAAGAGGAAGAGGCACCGGGCCUCUGUAUCGGGACUCCGGCCCUGUCCAUCGGGACUCCGACCCUCUCUAUCGGGGCUCCCGACCCGGACGACAACGACGACGAAGGCAAUUCGUGGAAUAGUAGGAAAUACCACUCACGUGAUAGACGAGAAUCUUGCGACGAGGAAUUCUCGGGCUACCUGCUUGCCGUAGCCGCUAGGGAAGCGCACAGGCAGCGUGAGCUGGAGGCGGCCAUGGCAGCGUUCCCCAACGGCGUACGACCUCAGGGGGUGGAACAUUUCGUUGUUAGAGACAACUCAGAAGAUGACGACCCGUACGACGAGCGGUUGAGGCACGGAACGUCACGGCUUCUCCGCCGCAAGGAGUCCGAGCCAGGCUGGGCAGUCAAGGAAAUGCGAGCACACGCUGAAAAGCUAGCUCGGGUGAGGCAGGACGAGGUGAUUGUCGACGACGAGCUAGAUCACAUGGACAUAGCGCCUCCGCCGGAAGAUCCGUUAUGGACGACAACUACGUUCCGGACGUCCCUCGACGAAACUAUGAGGGACGCCCCAAGUCCAAACCUGUCCGCUUCCUCGCCGGCCUUACUAGCUCGGAUGGAUUCACAUCCUAGGGGGCAGGACAGGCCCUUUACGCCUUCUCCGCGGCUCGGGCCCGAGACCGGACUACGCGCAAGUCCUUUCGGGAUUCCGUUCGGCAUCCGCAGCGGGGAGCCGGAGGACCCUCAGAUGCGCAAGAUGCGCAUGGCGGCCGCGCCACCCAUGCUCGGAGGUGAUCUUGAAUUCCGGCUGUGCCCCAGUCCAAAGCAUACACGUAUGGAGCCGAGCCAGCGGUACUGCGCCGCCGAUAAACCUGAGGAGCCGCGACGGGACGUUACCGGAGGGUCCGGUCUCUGGCGUGGAUACUGCUCUGCUAAGACGAACUGCACCGUAGAAAACGCCCAACCAGGACCAAAUCUUCUCAUGACGCCGAAGGAGCCGAAUUUCCCGGCCGACCCAUUCUCUGCUGCAUUUACGGCGUCUAUGAGCAUUAGCGGCGUCAUGACCGCCACGCAGUCGUCGGGGACGACGUCCCCAACGAACCGCCACAGCCUGUCCAAGGGCCUCUACAUACUCUCGGGACUUGACGAGCGGUUGAAGAAGGAGAAGGCACGAAAGGAACUCGAAGAGCGCAUCGCGGCCGAGUUCGACGACAGCUUCGUCACGCAGGUGUACAACUACAUCAGCCUGGGCUAUCCCACAACGGCGCGUGCCUUCGACGAGGAACUCAGCAAGAUCAGCGGCAUCGACAUCGAGGAGCUGCGUAAGGACGACAACCUCAAAGUUGAGAAGGGGUUCAUGCUGCACAUGGAGAUGAGCAUCCACAGGGACCGUUCGUCGUCGGAUUCGGACUUUAGCGAGGACACACAGCUACGCACGCCCGAGGAGGACGAGAGAAGGGCCCGCCGCCGGAGGCAGCCGAAGCCGCCGCGGUGGAUCGCGCUAAAGCUGUACAUCCGCGAGUGGGCUCGUCAACAUCCCGACCUGAACGACAGCGGGACCGCAGAGAUGGCCUGGGGCGUCCGGGCCCGGAGAGGAAGCUGGGCCAUUUAGAGGUGGUGCGGGUGUAUUAAAAUUUCCAGCUACACAGCCCUGGGGGGAUCUCUGUCUCCCACGGCUGAGGACGAGGGGGUACUAGACAAAAAAGAAAAACACGUAGAUGUCACGAAAAAUAUAGCUGGGGGGGUGAGAGAGGCUUGCACUUGGUAAGGACAUACAACACCCGUCCGGGACGACGGUUUCCGGUGUUCCUGUUAUUUAUUACGCCGCUCGUAGUG